ACGUAUUAAAACACAUGCAAGGCAAUGACAGGCAUGGUGGUAAGAGGUGGAGCAAUAAGGGAGGAGCACAGGUCAUCAUGGAAUAUAAAUACUUGUUCUGGAUCACUUCUGUUCACCGUGCAAAAAUGGCUUGGAGUGACGCCCUGAUGAUUAUUGGCGGAUUCACAUUAAUUUUCUACUCGAUAAAAGCAGCCUGGAAAUGUUACCAAGGAUUCAAAGAGUUUAUUUUAUCUGAGUUUUGGCAAGUGGAUUUAAGGACUUAUGGGCAAUGGGCAGUUGUCACAGGAGCCACAUCUGGCAUUGGUAAAGCGUACGCCAUGGAGCUGGCACAAAGAGGCCUGGAUAUUGUUUUAGUGAGCAGAUGUGAUGUGAAGCUUCGACAGGUGGCCAAAGAGAUCGAGAGUCAGCAUGGUCGAAAGACUCGCAUCAUCCGAGUGGACUUCACACACGGCCAUAAUAUUUACCCUUAUAUAGCCACACAACUACAAGGUCUGGAGAUUGGAAUUUUGGUUAACAAUGUGGCGAUGCCCUACUCAGACGAUUUUGCCCCAUUCCUUGAAAUUCCAGAUGCAGAACAGAAAAUCACAGAGAUUCUCGACUGUAAUGCGCUAUCUGUUGCUCAAACAACAAGAUUAGUUCUGCCCGGAAUGCUUGAACGAAGGACAGGAUUGAUCGUCAAUAUCUCCUCGCAAAUGGGGAUGCGUCCACAGCCUCUGCUGGCCCUUUAUUCUGCCACCAAAGUACAGUCCUAUCUCGAUCAAGUGUGGCUUCAACUCUCAGUUUUCUGUGCCGGUUGCUUUCUUUUAAUACCAUCUGUGGUGUUUUUUUUUUUGUUUUUUUUUUUGCAGGCAUUUGUGAUGUAUUUCUCACAAUGUCUGCAUGCUGAGUACAAGGCAGAGGGGAUCACGGUCCAGUGUGUCGUACCCUUCCUGGUUUCCACCAACAUGAACAAAAUGAAAAGCAGCAGCUGCGUGAAGAGCGCUGCAGCUUUCGCCCGAGAGGCCUUGAACACAGUGGGCUACUCCAACUAUACCAGCGGCUGUCUGUUGCACGCACUGCAGAGCUUUGCUAUUGGCGUACUCAUGCCCGACCGUCUGCGUAUGUCCUCGUUCCUCGUGGCGAAACUGCUCCGCGCAGCACACCAAAGAAAAGUCCAAAGAGUGUGCAGGGGCAUUCAUACAAAUUCGUAAAGAAGAAACAAUUGGCCAUUGGAUAUUGUGUUUAGAAGAAUAGAGAAACGACUCCUUAUUUUUAAAGAAGAAAAAACACAAACGAAAAACAGAUUUGUUCCCUUGUUUGAAAUUUUUUUAUUUUUGUUUUAUUUCAAAAUAGCAACAUUGAAAUGCAGCUUGAUUUUCUCGUUUGUUGUCUCAAACCAAACCAACUCAGCGUAAUUCACCGACAGCAUUUCUCAAACUGACCACAAGACGGCGAAAACGUGAUGCGGACGUGCUAACCCGUGCCGCCCAGUCUAAUACAGUCAUACAUAUUUUUCUUUUUCCUGGAACCCCGGCCAGCUUAGAGGAUCAUGUCACUCGUGGAGAAAAGAAAACCUUUUGAGUGGUUAAUCUGGUCAUUUAUCACUUAUCUUUAUCUUUCAUAGUGCAACACA